AUGUCGGACAUCUUGCAUCUUGAAGAACACCAGUCGACAGGGCAGCUUCCACGAAAGGUGUGGACUGUCACACUCACCCUUGCGGUAAUCGCGCUUUCGGGCAGCUAUGUUAUUUCCUUAGCCAUCUAUCUGACGGCCGUGACCAUCAUCGCCAACAUCGAUGCAAGCGUCGGCCCUAGUACCGCAUAUACCUGGAUAGCUUCUGCAUACACCGUGUCCUAUGCAGUUGCUUCGGUUCUCUUUGGCUCACUCGCCGAUUCAUUCGGUCGAAGAUGGUUCUCCAUCUCAGCGGGAGUCUGUGUGGGUCUAGGAAGUCUUAUCGCAGCACUGGCACAGAAUGUGGGAACAGUCAUCGCUGGCAUGGCCAUCAUGGGGAUCGGAGGAGCUGGGGGCAUCCAAUGUAUCUCCGCUGUCUCCGAGAUCAUACCUACAAAGUCCAGGGGCCCGAUCGUGGGAAUCAUUGAGAUUCCAUUUGUCGUGUUCACCAUCGCAGGCUCCUACUUUGCUCAUCGGAUGGCUGUCGACACUGGCCCCGGUUGGCGUUCCGUUUAUUGGAUUGGAGUGGCCUCAGGUUUCUUCUUCAGCAUCCUCACCUUGAUCUUCUACAAGCCUCUACCCCCUCUUGCGACUCUCGAGCAGACAACGGCACAGAUAUUGAGUGAUUUCGACUAUUUGGGCUUUGUCGGCCUUACCGCAGCCGUCACGUUGAUUCUCAUGGGAAUCAUCUGGGAACCCGCACACGGAUCGACAAGUCCUCAUUUCCUGGCGCCACUUCUCAUUGGCUUCGCGCUGCUGGUGGCCACAGGAGUUUUUGAGACGUAUUAUGCGAAAAAGCCGGUUCUGCACCCAAAGCUGUGGAGACGUUUUCGGACCUUUUCCCUGCAGUGUAUUGUCAUCUUUGUCAGCGGGAUGCUCUUUUAUGCGUUGCAAGCAUUAUACCCACAGUACAUGACGUACUGCUUCGACGGCGACAAUCCGAUCCAAGUCGGCAGAGACGGUUUUCCACUAGGUGUCAGCACCGCGGGUGGGGUCACGGCCGGUCUCGUCCUGCCAUAUCUUUCGCGUUACAUCGGCACAAACUGGGUGUUGGUGUUGGGUAUGGUGGAAUGCACCGUGUUUAUUGCUCUUCUCGCACUGGUUGAACCAAAUGGGAAACCGAUGGCCAAGGGGUUCGCUUCAGCUGCAACAUUUGGCAUUGGCUGGACGAAUCUUCUAAGUAUUCCACUUAUUCAACUCUGCUCUCCCGAUGAGUGGAUUGGAUUCGCGACGGGUCUCAGAACACUCAUGAGCCUCGGAGGUGGAUCCGUCUCUACGUCCAUCUACUCCACCAUUUUCGCUGGGAGAAGCCAGGCAUUUGUUCCGCAAAUGGUCUCCGAGGCUGCGACAGCUGCUGGACUACCUAAGAGUUCAGUGGCCGCGCUUCUCGGAGUCUUGACUGGGACGACUCCGACCGUGUCGCCAACCUCGAUUCCCGGGGUCACUCCACGUAUCCUUGAAAUUUCGACUCUGGCUCUGCGAAAGGCCUACCUUAGGGCUUUCAAGUAUGUGUGGUAUUCGAGCAUUCCGUUUGGGGUCAUCGCAACCGCUGCAGCUGCUUGGACAAAAGAUCUCUACCCGGUCAUGACAAUGAAAGUUGCUCAAAGGCUCAAGGACGACAAGCAGCAGGACGCGGUAUCGGAUGACCUGGAGGUGGAUUCUCAAUCCGAGCUUCCCACAAUAAAGCCGGAUGCUGCGAAAGUGGAUAUGGAGUGA